AUGGAUUCUAUGUUGCGCUUUCUGAUUCUGUUAUUAUUUGUCUUUUCAUGUGAGUCAAGAGGCGAUCAUCAAAACAAUGAUGUUAACUCUGCCUGCGAAGACGCUUCCAAUCGCAAAUUCUGUGAAUGGAGCUUGUCUGAAAAUGGAGGAUCGUCACAAAACGACCCUAAGGAUCUCAGUGAAAUCGCUCUAAGGUUUAGCUUACGUCAAGCUAAACUUGUUCAGGACUCUAUUUCCGGUGACUCGUCAAGCAGGGGGCAAAUGCAGAGCCAAGCUGUAGAGGAUUGCAGUUUCCUUUACAAUCUCACGGCGGACUACUUGAGCGCGAGUUUGAUAAAAUUGGCAAACUCGACAAACACAACAGUGGAAUGGAGGAGUGCAGUGUAUAUUCAGAGUUAUCUGAGCGCAGCCCUAACCAAUCAGGUCACCUGUCUGGAAGGCCUCAGUCAAGCAAAUGUAAACCCCUGCUCGGUAUCCUUUGGCAAUUACAUAUUUAACGCAUCAUAUUCCGUUGGGAGGAGUAGUCUAGCUUUGAAUAAGAAAUUUUUCAUUGCGGGGAAGGAUCCUGGCCACAGGGAACGUAAUGGCCACAACCGACUUCUGUUAUCUGACGAUGAUUUUCUGUCUCAAUAUGGAUCGCUCGAUGAUGGGAUUCCGUCGUGGUUGUCUCGGGCGGACAGAAGGCGUCUUCUGCAAAGCCCAGGUGGUGACGGCGUUUUAGUGGGCGAGUAUGUGACGGUGGCGAAGGACGGUAGCGGGAAUUACACCACCAUUACCGAUGCAGUCAACUCUGCUCCCAACAAUAGCCCGGACAGAUACGUGAUCUAUGUUACCGCAGGAGUGUACGAGGAGUACCUACAAAUUCCCAAGAACAAAUAUAAUAUUAUGCUGAUCGGAGAUGGAAUAGAUGUCACUGUGAUUACUGGCAAGAGAAGCGUUAUGGAUGGAUGGACUACAUUCAACUCUGCAUCAUUCGCUGCAGUUGGGCCAGGUUUUCUUGCACGUGAUAUCACAUUUGAAAACACGGCAGGAGCAGCGAAGCACCAGGCCGUGGCUCUACGAGUGGGGUCUGAUCUAUCAGCCUUUUACCGGUGCAGUAUUAAGGGCUACCAAGACACUCUCUACGCUCACUCCCUCCGUCAAUUCUACCGAGAAUGCGACAUCUACGGCACUGUGGAUUUCAUCUUCGGCAACGCCGCCGUAGUUUUUCAGUGCUGCAAUCUUUUCGCAAGGAAACCCAUGGUCGGGCAGCAGAAUCUUUAUACUCCGCAAGGUAGAACGGAUCCAAAUCAAAAUACUGGAACAUCAAUUCAUAACUGUAAUGUUACAGCUGCCCCUGAACUUGUUCCUGUUAUCAGCUCUUUCCCCACAUACCUGGGUAGGCCAUGGAAACUGUACUCUCGUACUGUUUACAUGCAGUCUUAUUUAGAUAGCGUAAUCCAGCCUGCCGGAUGGUUAGCGUGGUCUGGAAACUUUGCCUUGAGCACGUUAUAUUAUGGUGAAUAUGGUAACAGCGGACCCGGGGCAGAUACUUCACAGAGAGUCCCGUGGUCUGGUUAUCAUGUGAUGAACAUUUCCGAUGCUCAAAAUUUCACUGUGGGUUCGUUCAUCUCCGGAGACACGUGGAUACCAUUUGGUGCAGUGCCCUACGAUGCAGGCUUACUUUAA